CCAUUGAUCUCAAUGGAAUUUACUUCCACGUAGCCCCAAGUCAUGGAAAAAUCCACUUGUCGCUGGAAAGGUUACUCCUGGCCAGCUCCCAUACAGGUGAAUUGCAGAUGGAACUGGUCCUCUGCUCGCCCGCUGCGACAGUCCCCGGCCCCGCCCACGAAGCCGAUUGGCCCGGGCUCAGUUUAAACGAAGCCGCGCGGUGCCGGCCGCCAGCUAGUCGAGAGCCAGCGCGGACCGCCUGAGUGUCGCUCGGAGUCUCUCCCAAGCGUUCCUUCCAGCAAGCCAUCCCGAUUUGCCUUGCGGGGGCGCCAGGAAGAGGAUCGAGGGCAAGGAGCGGGUGGGUCCGGCGGAGCAGCGUGGCAAUGAGCAGCCCCGAUGCUGGAUACGCCAGCAGCGACGACCAAGGACGGUGCUCGCUCCCUCCUCCGCUCAUGAUGCAGUGUCCGUGGGCAGAGUCGCUGAGCCCGGAGGGCAAGGGCAAGGGCGAGGCGGCCGCCGCCGCCGAUGCAGGCCAGCAAGGCGGCCCGGGCCGGGCCAAAGGGGAAGCGCGCAUCCGCCGCCCCAUGAACGCCUUCAUGGUCUGGGCCAAGGACGAGCGCAAGCGGCUGGCGCAGCAGAACCCAGAUCUGCACAACGCCGAGCUCAGCAAGAUGCUGGGUAAGUGCCCGGGAGGCUUGGCAACGGGAGGGGGGGAGACUGUAAGAUGCCAGUGUCAAAGAAAGUCCCUAGACCUUGCUGUUGUUACCUACAACAGAGUUAACAGCACAAUCCCACGCAUGCUCCCUUGGAAGUAAAUCCAAGGAGGUUCCAAGUAGCUGCGUGAAAGCAGAUGUGUCAACUUAAAUAAAAUAUAUGGGGGGGCGCAGGUAAGCCCCUACCCGCAUAAUCGAUCACAUGACGUGGGGCAAGCACACCAUGUGAAAGGCUAUGCCCAUCAACGUGGGGGAGGGUCGGCCCCCUCCAAUAUUUUAUUGGGGGCGCCAAAGGGACGUCGACCCCUAGGAGUUGGCCUUUAUGCGCGGGAGCACACCCCAAAGCAACUGCCAUCUCCGCAAGAGGAGGGUCCUUCUCUGGGAAGGAGUAACUCGGGAGCUUGGAGCGCACGGGGCAGAGCAGCAGUUCCCAGGCCGCUCUCGCCCUCGAUCCCGCCCCCCACGCAGGCAGGGUGGCAUGAGGGAGUUUCCAAAGGUCUGGUUAAGAGGGCAGCACGGGAGCAGGAGGGCUGAAAAGGCUUAAACCUCGACAUAGCUAAUGGAAGGUCCGACGGCGGCCAAGAUUCAGAUUCCAGCGACAUAUUUAUUUACAUUGCUAUAAUCCGACGUGCGUUUUUGGCACAGGGAACGGGAAGGGAAAUACUCUUUCGCAACCAGGAGGGCGGCUGGCCUGCGUUUCUUCCCAAUGCCGGCGCUGCUCCUCUCAGCUGCUGGGUUUGGGGCGCGAGGAGGCCGGCCAGCUGCCCUUGUUUAUCCACAUAAACUAGGCUUCUGCCAUCCCGACUCCCGAAGGGGCUACACUUGUUUUAAGCUUGGAUACAAGUGUCAAAUAGACUCUAGUUAUUAAGCAAGCUGCUUGUGGUCGUCCCUCAAAUGCUGGCUACCUCACUGCAGCCUGAACCGCCCCCUCCCGAAAGCCAGAACCAACCGACCCGGCUCCGAAGAGGUGCGUCCACUAAGGCGCAUCCCUCUUGCCUACACCCUGCUGAGAGGAGCGUGGAAACCUGUGGCCCAUCGGAAGUUGCUGGACCUCAGCUCCGAUCACCGCUGACCAAUAAUGGCUGUUUCACGCUGAUGGGAGCUGGGAAUCCAGAAACACCUGAAGGGCCACAGAUUGCCCAUCCCAGAGAAGGCUGUGAGGUGGUGUGGGAGGCAAUGGUCGUAUCCCCAUUUACCUUGGAGCACGGAAUCCAUUUCUGAGUAGGCAUUGCUAGGACUGUCAGUUGACUUUUUUUCCUGCCUGAGGGAAAGUCCGCGCCAAGCGGGCAAAGAGAGUGCCGAGGUUUGGGAUGAGGGCUGUAUGGGAUUAACUUCAGUGUUAGGACUGCGUUGUCCAUUGACUUGUUUUCCUGCCUGGCUGAGGGAAGACCAGCGGGCAGAGUGUGGCGAGGUUUGGGGGGGAAUGACUGGCAGCCGAGGCUGAAUUGUGGGCGCCUGUUUGAAACCUUCUUUCCCCCUUCUCUCUUCGCGCUGACAGGCCAGUCGUGGCGAGCGCUGACCCAGGAGGAGAAGCGGCCCUUCGUGGAGGAGGCGGAGCGGCUGCGGCUGCAGCACAUGCGCGACCACCCCAACUACAAGUACCGGCCGCGGCGGAGGAAGCAGGUGAAGCGCCUCAAGCGCGGCGACGGCGCGGCCGAAGGCGGGAGCGGUUUCCUCCCGGUGCCGCAGCAGCAACAGCACCACCACCCGCAGCACCAGCUGGGGCUGUCCAUGGACGCGGGCAGCGGCUGCGAGGGGCUGGGCCUCCCGUACCCCGAGCAGCCGGGCUACCCCGGCGGGAACUUCCACUACCGAGACUGUGCGCCUCUCCCGCUGCCGGCUCUGGGCGCCCAUUUCGGGAGCUACAACCUGCCCACCCCCGAGCCCGAGUCGCAGAGCGGCGCCUGCGCGGAGCCCGCCUUUUUCCCGCCUCACCAGCCCGACGAAGGCGGCUGCCUGCUGGGGCCCUACGGCUACCCGACGCCCCCCGGGGCCGAGUACCCCUGCAACGGCGCCCCUGCGGGCAGCAGCGCCGGGCUUUUCCGCGCCCGCUUCGCGGCUCCCGUGGCCGCCUACGCCUCUGCUCAGGAUCCCGCGCAGCAACAGCAGCAGCAAGCCUGCCGUCGAGGAGACGCCGCCGUCGGCCUGGAGCACCUUCCCCCGCAUGACGUGGAGCUGCUGGCCGACGUGGACCGCGCCGAGUUCGAGCAGUAUCUGCCCUUCGGCUGCCGGCCCGGCGAACUGGGCCUCCCUCCCUACGCGAGCCACGAGGCCUCGGAGGCGAACUCUGCCGCCGCUUACUACUGCGCAGCCGCGGGAGGAGGGGGAGGCUAUCCGGAGCUGUGAGAGGGACUCUGCGGACGGGAAUAGAGGCAGGAGCGGACUGGAUCCCUCGGUUCUAUUUAUUGUAAUUUAUUGACUGAAACAUUUUUAGAAACCGGGCCUGGGAACUUUGAGCGGGUUUUUGUUUUUUUAAAGUACCCGCUGGAGCCUUCGUUUCCCCUUUCCCCCUUUCCUUCUUGCUGUAACCUCCACAUCGGACAGAGCCAGCGAGGCUGCCCUUAGAGCUCACUACGAGGCAACUCGCCCUUCGCCUCCGAACCCGCUUCCUUCAAGGGGUCCUUGUACAGAAGGGGGUGGGACUUGGGGAACCCCCAGUAGACGUUUGACUUGGAAACAGCUCGGCAAUAAAAUAACUCAGGUGGUUAGA